AUGACUUCCAUGGCAGCUGCCCUUGCAGCCUCACUUCCGGUUGCCGCGAGAACAUCAACCCCUCAACCUGCUUCCUCAGCUCAACAACCCAAACAAUUCCCUCAAAGAUUAGAAGGUGUGGUGGACGUAGAAGCUGCCAGAGAAGUGGAAAGCGUACAGCUCAACUCUUUAGUGUUCCUCAAAAUAAUGAAACACUCUACCGAUAUCCUCCCUCCACCCCCAGCUACUACAUUGCAACAGGAUCGAAAUGCUCCUCCACCAACUGAACUCUCGUCCCACACCGAUUGCUUGGGUGUAUUGUUAGGCUUAGACUUGGAUGGCGUCAUGGAAGUAGAGGACAGUUUCGCUUUACCCGGUGGAGAGACUGGUUUGGGAUCCAACUCGUAUUCCGACCGACUCCUUACACAUCUGCGUGAAGUGCAAACACCCGAUUCACCAGUCGGUAUAUAUCUCUCAACACGCAACGGUGGUUUCGCAACUCGAGUAUCGAUCGAUCUGUUAGCUGCAGUAGAGAAGGUUUCUGGAGGAAGAGGAAAAGCUGUAUUGGUGAUCCACGAUGCUAGUAAAGCCAAUGGAGGAGAUUUGAGCAUUAAAGCUUACAGACUUGGAGAAGGUGCUAGGGAAGCUGCAAAGUUGGGUAAAUGGGAUGAGAAGACCCUCACUGAGAACGGAAUAACCGCAUCAACCCUUCUCUCACCUUUACCCAUGAACGUAACAUCACCUUCUUUGAUCUCCGCUUUCCUCUCAACCCUCACCACUCCUUCUGCUCAACAACAACCAUCACUUUCAAAUCCCUCAGUACCGCUACCGCCAUCAUUCUCCGCACUUGUCAACCCUGCACCCACUUCAUUGACAAAUUACCUGCAAAAUACACUUGAUUCGUUAACACUCCAUUCACACGAGGCCAACAACAUCGCAUUCUUGACUCGACAAAUCGCUAGAGAAAAAGUGAAGCACGAACAAACGGUUAAAGAUCGUGAAGAGGAGAACGCCCGUAGAAGGAAACAAGGGUUAUCUGAAUUCCCUUCUAUUUCAGCUGAGAUCAGAGGUGGAACAAAGGAGCCUAGUAGAUUGGAGAUGGUGUGUCUCGGUGGUACAGUCGAAGGUUUGGCUAAAGGCAUGGGAGCUGAAGCUGGUAAAGGUUUGGUUAGGAGUUAUCUUUAG